UACUGUGAGAGCUGUGAUUGGUCACAGCUUGUCACAUGGUACAAGACUGUUGUGAAUAGUCCUGUACCAUGUGAUCUCUGUGAUCAUUCACAGAUUUCACUAGUAGUAAGCAAUGAUGUCAGGGAGUGACAUUUUGCUUACUACUAUUCAUGUGAUCACUGAUUGGCCAAUCAGUGAUCACAUGAUUGGGAUCUCACACAGAGGUCCCGAACAGCGAUCAGUGUUCCACUGUGUCUGGAGGACAUAGCAAGGGCACCGGAUCUCGGUGCUUAGGAUGGGGGAAUGCGCGCUCCCAGUUGCCGACAGGCAGGGAAUGUGGGAGG